AUGUCUCAAUUUGAAAGGAAGGUCAUCACCCCCGGCAACGGGGUCGAUUAUCCCCAGACCGGCGACCAAGUCACGAUAGAGUACACUGGUUGGCUCUUCGACCCCUCGAAAGCCGCAAAUGGGUUCAAGGGCACACAGUUCGAUUCUUCCGUCGGUCGUGGAGACUUCCAGACCCAGAUCGGGGUCGGUAGGGUCAUCCCAGGUUGGGACGUGGGUGUGAAACAAAUGUCUUUGGGAGAGAAGAGCACUUUGAUCAUUCCGGGGAAUAUGGCAUAUGGAGAACGGUUAGUGCUUUACAACUUGUCGCAGAAAAUAAUCGUCGAUCCUACCGAUGCCAUGUCCCGGCAUCCGCCAGUCACGGUGCUGCAAUCAUUGUUCAGUGCGAACUGA